UCUACGACGGUAAGAUAAUUCAAAUGCUAAUGCUAAAUGUCGCCGCCCUGAUUGUGCACUCGAGUGCGUUCGCCGCGACGGCCGCAAUUUUAUAAUGAAACAUUAACACUGGUUAACACUGUUUUAAAAAAUACAUUUUCGACGACGGUGCCGAAUUAAUGAGACUGUGAGUGCAUAAAAAGUGUAAAUUAUAAACAAUAAGCGAUGCCGGACAAGGUGGAAAAGGCAAUCAACGAGGUGCUGAAGGGCCUCGCGCCGUCCAGCGAGUCACUCAUCUGCGACUUCGGCAUUGAAGAACAAAACCGAGCACUGGAAACACAAGGCAAGGUGCCCAAAGUUGAUCCGAAGCAGGUGCCGAUAGUCGGUGAGACCAUCACCUACGUCGUCGCUGCCGUCAUCAUCAACGAGCACGGCGAAGUACUUAUGAUGCAAGAAGCGAAAAAAUCCUGUGCGGGAAAAUGGUAUUUACCAGCAGGUCGCCUGGAAAGGGGUGAAGACAUCGAAACAGCAACCAAGAGGGAAGUUCUGGAGGAAACAGGACUACAGAUUAAAUGUACAUCACUGAUUAUGGUGGAUUCUGGGAAGGGAGUGUGGUUCAGAUUUGUGCUUGUUGGUGAUGUUAUUGGUGGCACAUUAAAGUCACCAUCCAGUGCAGAUCAGGAGUCAUUGCAGGCGAAGUGGAUUCAGAAUUUGGAUGAGGUGCCACUCAGAGCACAAGACAUCUUACCCCUCAUUGACAGAGCAAGAGAGUACAAAAUGGCUAAGAAUGCUGGAGACCGCUCGUGGCACUCUGACAUUCUGCCGUCAUUGACACCGCACACGCGCGCUUACCUUCGCCUCGUCGUCCUGAUCCGCAAGAAGCGCAACAAUAAGGUGCACGUGCUUCUCAGCGAGAGGACGACGUGGCACCUACCCGUCUGCGAGAUUAACCAGGCCAAAUCUGUGCAUUCCACGCUGCACGCCUUCAUGGUGGAGAUUUUCGGUGCCGAUGUGGCAAGUCAUCGACCACACGGCAUUCUUGCGGUUGAAUUCGAUUCGAAAAAUAGUAAUGGCGGAUUUUGUAUGACACUACUCGUCGGUUUUAAGGUAGCUUUGGAAGAUGUGCCGAUUAUUGGAAAGUAUAUGUGGCAUGAGACAAAUCAGCAAUUGGGCGACUUGCUAGCAACGAGGAUUUCCAUGAAAAACUCUACGAUUGUCCUGAAUGUUAUCAGCUAGUUAAGCUUUAAAAUAUCAUAUCUUUUUAUGCCUUUGAAAGACAAAUACUAACUCGUUAUUAUUAUAAAUAAUAUUAUAACAUAGCUCAGUUUUGCUAACUUUGAGACAGACACAGUAAUUCAUUAUUGUAUAUCUAAUGUUAGUAAAAUUGAACUUGUAUCACGUUGUUAUCACCAUUCAUAUUUUAUCUUAUUAAUCAUGUAAAAUUCUAUUAUAUUUCACGAAGUAUAGAUCUAUACUUCGUGUAUAUUUAUUGAA